AUGUCCAAGCCGAAGGGCCCACCAUACGCCAGCGGGUUACCAUACUUGAAGCGCUCAACGGAGACAUAUUGUGGGGGAAAUCGAACGACGUGGACAGGUGAUGAUAUCAAACUAACCGCCUUGACUAUAUGGUACGGCGAUAGCACGGUACGAGACUACUACAACUCGCGGGUGCGUAAAAAGCGGGAGUAUCCUUUACCGGCACCUAAUACUAUACCCGCGCAUCCAUACAACCAACAAGACGUUGACCAUGCACGGGCACACAAGGCACUACCGCCCUAUAGAGACGCGGCUGGACAUCCCAUACCCCCCUCGCUUCUGCUGCCGCCUGACCCUGGGGUCCAGCGUGCACUACCUCCGCAACCGCGGCCAAUAAAUCAAUAUCCGUUUGAUUUCUGGGCCCCAAUUCCAUGGGAUCCGGAGCCAGAGGAUCCAACGCCCGGCGCAAGCAUCGAAGAGAUUAUAGGAACGGACGAGGACCAUGAGGAUAACGAUCUAUGGAUGGGUAACAAUCCAAAUAUGUGGCCUGUGGGCGACGAGUCUAUGUGGAGGGGUGGAAAGUUUCUUGGUGCAGGGGCCUUUGGCUGCGCAGGACUUUGGUGCGAGGUCAAUGCUACCAAUCAUGUGCAGAGACAUGUGGUUGUGAAAGAAGUCCGACCACGUGGACGGCAGUGGCGUGACCCCAUUCAGUGGCGCGAUCGUCUUCCACGUGAGAUCAGAAUCCAUCAAAUCGUUGAUGGGAAUCGGCCGCCUGCAGCCGGCGUACGCGGGCAUCGAAAUCUUAUCCACCAUCAGGGAUAUCGCUUGAUGAUGGAGCAGCGCCGGUAUCGCCUUUACUUGAGAUAUUAUGCAGGCGGGGACCUGUAUGCAAACUUCAAGGGGCACUUCCAGAUAUGGCGGCGCGCGCUUAGAGAGAAAAAGCGGUUCCAGGUCCGGAGAUUGGGGAGGGAAAGGGCCGCUCAGAGGAGAAAGGCUAAUAGAAAGACGCCUGCUGUAGGCAGAGAAAAUGACAAACAAAAAGAAGAUGAGGAGGAAGAAGAAGAAGAAGAGGAGGAAGAGGAUGAGGAGGAGGAAGAGCCAAGCUUGGAGACAAUGGCAGUGAUACCAGAAGGGUUCAUCUGGCAUGUCUUUUCGCAACUCGUCAACGCAUGUGAGGUGCUUCAAACUGGUGCGUUUGCACCUGCAGCAGCAGAUGCAAAUUGGAAAGCGAUCACGCAUCUCGAUAUCAAGAUGGAUAACGUGUUUGUCGAGCCGCCCACUGGAGACGGCUUUCCGAACACAGUACUAUCGGAUUUUGGCCUCUCCUUUUACCCACUCGAGCAUAGUGAUGCCACGACCCUCGAUAAUCCGCAAGAGUACGUUUUCGAGAAGCAGGGAACUAAUUACGCACCCGAACACCAGUUCCUGCAUGGAGCACCAGGAAAUUGGACCAUUCUUGGCGAAAAGACCGAUGUGUGGAGCAUUGGGUCGCUAAUAUGGAAGUUCCUUGCAAACACGUACAUCGCCGACGGUCCACGUCGCGAGAUCAUAUCGGAUCGCGGUACCGUCGUGAAUGAGUGGUGCGCGGGUUUGCAAGACCCCGGGCAAAUGGGAGCACCCGGUGCCACUCCACCCUUUACUGGCUUGUUUUAUCCUGCGUUCAGGAUGUACUCGGAGGAGUUAAGAAAUCUUGUUGCGAGAUGUUUGAACUGGGAGCCGCAACAUCGGCCAACUCUGCGUGAGAUUAGACGGGCGAUUGACGAAUUUCUUGAGAAUAAUCCGGCGGUUAGAGACGAUAGAGAUACCGGACCUUUGUCUAUGGCUGCGUUGGACGAUGGUUUGAAGAUCAACGACGUGUUUCAGUCAAAGAGAAGGGCACCUGUUCGUCUGUAA